GCCGCCCAUAGUAAAAUAGAGCGACGGGCGUCCCCCUCCCCCUCGCAAAAUCUCCCUCCUCUUCUCCCAUACAAACUCCCAGCACACAACGACCGACCUCCACAUACCCAACUCACUCGACAGCACACGCCACAGCACAUUCUCGAUUUUCAGAACUUUGGUCAGAUUCCAAACCAGUCACCAUGCCGAAAGCAGCUAAGGGCAGAUCGGGCAAGGCUGAGAAGAAGCGCAGCAAGAAGGACCCUAACGCACCUAAGAGGGGUCUCUCUGCCUACAUGUUCUUUGCCAACGAACAGCGGGAGAAUGUACGAGAGGAGAACCCCGGUGUUUCUUUCGGCCAGGUCGGCAAGAUCCUCGGUGAGCGGUGGAAGGCCCUCAGCGACAAGCAGCGGGCCCCUUAUGAGGCCAAGGCGGCUGCCGAUAAGAAGCGGUACGAGGACGAGAAACAGGCGUACAAUGCCGAUGGCGAUGACGACGCGUCAUCCUGAUUGCAUUCAUGCCGACGCAUUGUGCUAGAGGCAACCGGCCUUGAUGAUACUUGUAUCAGGCCAUCUUCACUAGCGCGAUGCCUUUCUUUCUCCUUGUAUCUUUUUGGGAUGGGUGGGGUUGCUUGGGGCGCGGCUAUGGGCUUUGACUGAUUCUCGGUUUUUUUUCUUAAUUUCUGGCAUGGUUCGCGAAAGGGUCACAAUGAGCUAUG